AAGUUAAAUUGCGUUUAACAUUAAAUACAAUUGUUAAAAUGGCAAGCAAGGAUAUAACACAGUAUUUUGAAGGUCAUCACGAGGUGGAGGAGUGCGAGCCAGACGAUACAGGUGAGAGAGAAAACAACACCAACACCAGGUGGACAAGGUGUGCCAAGAACCCAGGUCACGUCGACUUUAUUCCCAUCAAAGACUUUUCUUUAAGUCACCUACCUGCUGCUUUCCAAGACGACGACUUGUACCGUCUGAUUAAAGGUAUCGCUGAUCUGACAGUCAGGAUUAGCGUUAAGUUUACCAGUUUGAGAAGACCACAGUUCUUAAACGAGACGUCCACACCUUACCCUUGCUACAACUUGAGAGGUUCAAACUUACUACGGAACGGGACGGGGAAAAUUUGGCGAAUCGAUAUUGAAACAACUGAUGGCGAUAAAACCUGCCCAUGUCCUGUAUGUGUUAAGUCUAGCGAACCCAGCAGAACCUGGGCCAGGGUCUAUGUAGCGACAGCAACACAUGUGUUGUAUGACGAAACAGAGGUCGAGAAAUGCGAGUGUGCUGUUGGGUACGAUGACGUCACAGGUCCGAAAGAAUCUCUGCGGGGGUGGUGCAUGGACGGCCCUAACGCAGAAAUUGAUCUGGCUUAUUUUUCUUGCGUGACCCACGACCUUGACCUAGCUCAGAACCUGUAAAAGAUCCGGUCAGAGAUCUACAGCCUGUGGGUCAGGAUGUGGCAGAGGUACCACAACCCGACGCUGUUGGGUCAGGAUUUUGACGUGGCCCGUCAGCUCAGUGAGAUCUGCCUGAAAGUCUGGAAGGACUGCGGUUUCUCUGCGACCUACGGGCUGGAUGAAGAGACCGAGCGACAGCUGUGUGACCAGGUGGGCGCCAGAUGUCUGCAGUACGAAACACCCGAUCAGACUUUCCACAAGGGAGAGAAUCUUCUGUUUGUGGUCUCCCACCCACACGGCUACUUCAAGCAUGUGUCGGUGGGCCGAUGGGUCCACAGACAGGAAGUUGGAUACAACAGUGGAACUAGGUACGCCUACACUACUGCUACGUGCCCGGGUAGCAGUGGUUCUAUUAUUUACAAGCUGGGGUGUAAUGUCUCGCAACAUCCUCACAGCGGUUCUAAUAAGGCGUUAAACUUCAGUGGGGUUGGGCUAGGCUAAUGGUCAGUUAUGUUGGGCUAUGCUUAGUUGGUUAGUCAGUUAGGUUGGGCAAAGCUAACUGGAUUGUUCAUUAGAGUUGGGUUUGGCUUAGUUAAUUGGUAAAUGGGGUCGGACUAGGUUAUAGUUUAAUAACUUCGCAAUAAAAUUGUGAUUUUGUUCCUAUAGUUGCAAUUAAAUUACUUGAAAGUAAAAAAAAACUGUUUCCGACUUGAAGUUUGAGUGUUCUCCAGGGGAGAUAAAUGAGGAAGCCAAAGUGAAAGACUAAGUGAAAAAAAAAAGCUUUUGCCAAAAAAACAACAACUAGGUAACUAGACAGUAUUCAAUAUACAAUGCUUAUUAGAUGUGUGUAUAAUAUGUGUAAGUAGGCAUUAUUUCACAUGCAAUAUUUCUUAGAUGUGUAUAUAAUAUGUAUAACUAGGCAUAUUUCAACAUACAAUAUUUCUUAGAUGUUUAUAUAAUAUGUGUAAUAAGGCAUUAUUCAACAAACAAUUUUUAUUAGAAGUAUACUAUUAUAUAAUAUGUGUAACUAGAUAUUACGCAUACCCCAUUAACUAAAUGUGUCUAUAUAGGUAAUUAAUACAACCUUAUAGGAAUACAAGGUUGUUUUAGAGGAUUCAAAAAAGCCCGAAUAUCAUCACAGUUAAAAAUAACAAAUGGUUAUUAACCUUACACUAAAAUGUAUUCAACGGCAACACAAACGCCGCUUUAAAUAUUUAUAUGUUUAGGCAUUGCAUUAUUGUUUAGGGCAUAUAAUUAAGUGUAUUUUAUUUAAAAAACAAUGCAUACUUUAAAAACAUGUUGGUUGAAUUAUUAAUAAUUUUGAUGAGCAGUUUAUCUAUAUUUAUACCCUUAUUAAUUAAUGUUUUUGA